UUUUGGCUUGGCACUCUCUCUCUCCUUCCACAAUCGACGGUUGUUGGGAAACGGCUUCAGCACAAACAGAAAACAGAAAGAAAUGCGUUCGUGGCCGGACCCUGCAUUCCUAGCGUUGUUUUUUCUGUCUAUCACGCCCGAAAAGUGUUUAUUUCGAAAAGAAAACCCACCCAAAGUUACAAUUGAACUUUUUGCGUCAUCUCUCAAGUGUAAUUCACCCUUGCAGUAACACAACCAUUCCACAGGAAUAUGAACAAAUCAAAGUGCACCUUCGAUAGUGGCAGAGAUUUGUUGAAAUCCGCAAGCAGCUGCUGCAGUCAGCAUUCUUCUUCGGUGGUAUGUUUUCGAGGCUGAGGAGCGUAGCAAUUCGAUUGUUUGCUACCGGCGUCGUCGUCAUUUCGGUUACACCAACUACGACCAAUAGCAACAUGUCAACCGAUUCCGAAUCGCACCCGUUGACGGAGAAGGGAAGCCGAAAUUCCGCCACUUUUUCCAUCAACUCGCUGAAUGAUGAUGUUCCCGUUAGGCAGAGUGCUGUGCAAAUAUUUCGUGAGCGCGAGACUGAUUACACCUUGCCAGGAUCACCCCGGAGAAAAAGUACCAUACAAAUUACUAAGUUAAUAUUAAAGGAUCCGCCCACAAGUCCAGUGAAGAAAAUUACUCCCGUUGUUGUAAAGUCCAUUAAGACCUACACCAGUUCCGUGAUGCCACCGGAGGUAGAUAAAAGUGCUCGGAUGGACAGCAAUAGAAAGGAAGAAGAGCAGGCUCAUGCGAAAUACAAUAUUAUCCCACUACCAAGCGCUGAUCGGUUGAAGGAGGAGUUUGAAGCGAAGAAGAGCGAAAGGGAUGAAAUGAGCAGUCGUUUGCAGAAAUUUUUGCAAGAACAAUAUCGGGAAACCGAUCCAAAACAAAAAACACAGGUCGGUAUAGAAAUUUCUAGGGUAACAAAUUCGAGUGAAAGCACAGCCUACUCGAUCCCAAAUAGUAUAAAUAAAGCCGAUGUUGACAGUGCAGUUAGCAUCUGUAGUAAUCGUAGUGCCCUGAACAAACAGUCAUUGUUACCACCCGAACCGGAAGAUAUAAAACACAUCGAAGCUGCAUCAACAAAAUCGGAAGCAAUGCCAGUUAAGCCCGCGUCAACUGUCCAAUCCAGAGCAUCCCGCUCUCGUCCUAAGUUGGUAGAUGACCGAGAAACGCCGGACUCCAAGAAGGAAAAGGAAAAGUCGUAUGACCCCGUGAAAGCCAGGGAAUUCAUUAAGUUGCAACAGUCGAGACGCAGAGAGGAGAAAAAAGCGAAUCCGCCGCAGGUUAACGAAAAGGAGCUCAUCAAGAAGCGGCUGAACGAUCUGAAGAAGAGCACCCAAGAUUUGGUCAGUAAAAACAUUCAGAAAGUACGUAAGCGCUCUCAAUCCGUUGCAUCAAGUCAGAAAUCGGGAUCAGGAAAUGCUGUGAAGGCGACUGACCAAAAACCCUCGAAACUGGACAAUAAAGAGGCACCUCCGAAGCCAAUUCGGAGAAGCGCUUCUGCGGUAUCGUUAAAAAAUAUUCCAGCGGCUCCGCAACCAACGAAAGCAAGUGUAUCCGAGAAAACUGAGAGUGACGGUAAAAAAGUGCGGCGCCGAUUACCUCUACUGGAGAUAGAUUUCUCGGAGAAAAUUGGGAUCAUGAGAAAACCUGAAGGCGUCCCUCUGGAAGAGGUCCUGCUGAGUCCAGUUAAGGUGAAAGAAUGCGAAACUCCAGUAAAAAAUGUGGUUGAAAUUAAGGAAAAAGGUGUGGAUGUAAAUAUUAGAUCACCAACAUCUGCAAUUGAGAAAGAAAUGAAAUUGGAUAUUCCGGAGGUAAGCUUGGUUCCGGAUACAACUUUCAAACAACCGAACAGUUUCACCGAAAAGAAGGACAAGUCCAAGGAGGAGAAAUAUGUCGCCCCGUGGUUGAAGAACACUUUACUCCAGCCGGAUCCAUAUCCCUUCAUAAUGGCAGUCCGGAAGAAGCUGGAAGCUAUACGUAAUCUGACCAACAAUGGAAACCACUCGAGUUCGUCUGACUCGAGUGACCUCCGGAGGUCAUCCAAACGCGUCGAAACAGCGAACGAAAUGCACAGCAAAUGCAUUGAAUAUCUGGAAACGUUAAGAUCUGUGCCUCUCAUUAGUAAAUCGCCCAGAACUGCUUCCAUUUCGGUGCAACCGUCAGAGUCGAACACUAUCUCAGAGAUUAGUUCGAUCAGGUCCGACUUUAUUCAACCACUGCCCCCACUCAGUAGCACCAAAAUUGGUUCUAAAGAAGAUGCUCAACAAGCAGCUCCAGCUCCCAUAAGCCCUCUUUCGGUGGAUCGAAUCUCGAAUCUCAAAAUCACUGCGAACAGUUCGCUUCUGGAGCGAAGCAUUAAUUUCCAUCGAGGUACAGAUAUGCCCGAUGCGGACCUCAUCCCCGAUAGAGUCUCCUUCUAUGGUCGAAAUGUCCAAGCAAAUCUAUCUCAAAGUCAGCUCAGUGAUAACACAUCAGAAAAGCAGUACAAUUUUUUGCGGAAGCCCUCCCAACCGCACGAUAAGUCCACACCCGAAGCGGAGUAUCACAAAAUGUUGGAAGCAUUCAAUCGUAGCCUCUCGCAGGUAAUCGAAGUGAACCAGCAGCUGUAUUCCACCCUCAAAAAUCCUCCAGCGCGGGUCGAGCCUAUCAAAAUUCGCGACGGAAUAACUCAAACCACGCCCAAUCAGUCCGUCGUGAACACCAAUGCUUCGGUCAAUUCCAAAUACAGCGAGGAUUUCGAGCGUUCCCAUGAAGCCCAAACUACUCGCUCCUCGCCGUCCGAAGGAUCUGGCUCAACGGGGUCGACGCCCGACGGCAAAACAUCCAAAUCGAGAACAUCAUCUGAAGCAGCGGACACCACCACUACUGCAACGGCCUCGGCAACAACCCCAUCUACAACAACGGCUGCCGGUAGCAGUCCAGAAGAGAGUCCCAGCAAGUCGCAAUCCAGUGAUUCCAGAUCGUUCAGCUUGUCCGAUAGUCACAACACAAAUCCGCCCAUGCCGGAAGAAUAUCUGCCCUCUUUUGAGGAGAGCUUGAGACGCCGAAAGCUGGAACGAUCGAGAGAACCCACUCCAGAGAAACCGGAAAAGGUAAGCAGUUCCGGGAGCAUCGAAACGCAAAUCAGCGAAGGAGCUGGAGAGCAGGCAAAUUCACUGCGUGAUGAAACACACCGACCAAAAAGUGUGGAGUCGAUUAGCUUUAAAAUAUCGGAAAAAAGUGACGCUUCGAAUAGGUUCAAUCCGGAAAAAGUGAACACUGAUGACGACAAGAUGGAGUUCAUCAAGGUGGCAACAAGCUCCAGUUCCUGCUCGGAACUGGAGGCACUCGAUCCGGCCGAAUCCAUCAGUGAGAAGGAUGUGCAGCUGAAUGACACCACUAUGGGGAGUGACAUUUUUGCGGUGCUCAAUCGGACGGAUUUGGAAAUAUCGGUUCUGUCCACCACGAUUUCUGAAGCGAACCUUAGUUACUCAUCGAUUGGAAUGUAUGACCUCCUGAUUAGGAACGAAAAGUCGAAAAGUGAACAAAUGGCUGCCCGCAUUCGGAUGAAGGAAAAGGCUCUGCUGGAUCGAACCAAGGGACAGCUGGCAUGGCUUGAAUUGCAAAAGCAGCGCUACCGCGAGCACGGCUUAACCGAGCAGAUAUCGAUCGUGAAGAAAAAGCAACGAGCCAUCCUUGUGCGGCUAGAAAAAGAACGUGCCGAGUUGGAUAGAUUCAAGCGGACCGAACAAGAGGCAUCCAAGGGAUCAAACAGUCGCACCUCGCUGACUCCCAAGUCUAUAGAACAGCUAAAUUCGCUAACGUCGAAUGGUCAUUCAAUCUCGCUUAGACGAUCCUCGAUAGUCAGUGCUAGAAACGAGGCGUCAUCUCCCGCGAGCAGUAGGGUUACAGCAUCGGAGUUAUGCCGGAAGCAGGAAGUGGCCAGCGCUACGACGAAAAUCACAAGCUCCCAGCUGCAGUUGACCGCGGUGCGCGGUGUGGAAUUGGAACCCAGCGAAAGCUUAGAAGACAUCCUCCAGCGGCGUGAGCAAGAGUUGCAGAAGCGCCGCCAACACAUGCAGACACUGCUCGAGUGGCACCAGAAGUUGGAACGUGAGGAACAGGAGAUUUUCGACAUCGAGAGAAAUCUCCUCCAACAUAACCGACAAAAAAUCACCACCGAAGAUCGCUCGGCCGAAAUCCACGAGAAAGCUAUGGGACGAAUUCGGAGCAUCGAAAACAGCCUGCAGACGUUGCAGCAAAUUCCGGACAAAUCAUCGACGCCGGGUAGCAGCGGGACAACGGAUGAUGAUGGGACGAACGAGGUUCGGGCGGCUGGGAGUAAACUGAAUCGACUCUGGCAUCGUCUCACAGGGGUGAAGGAAAACAAAUACGAGCCGGGUAAAAAAUAUACCCUGACGAAGGCGUGCUUAGAGAGAUUGUACGAAGAUGCCAAAAUACGGGUUUUGGGAAGUUUUAGGAAUGACGGCGUCGUAAAGAAGACAUUGCUGGAUUUAUCGGUCAGUGGGAGGCAUAGUUCUGUGAGCGCUAGCAGCAGAGACACAAGCUUACUUGGCACAAGUUUCCACGAUCGGAACAAUGAAAGCACAAACAGUACAAAUAAUUCUGUGAAAACAACUGAGAAAAGUUCACCGCACGGGACUUUUCUAGUUUCCGAAUCUGUUCCGGAAACAAGCGAAGUAAACCGUACCAUUUGCAGUCCGUCCAAUGUUGAGCCAAACGAAAUUGGAGAUCAAAUCGAUCGCGGUAAUUUGAUAAAUUUUAGUGAAAUUAGCGAGGAUCUUGGAAACAACAACAGUAUUCUUUCGUCAACUACGAAAACCCACAGCACCUCCAAGAACGAACAUUCGUUCGACUCGGUGGAGUUUCAUACCAUAGAGAAGGAAGAACACAGCUCCAAAUCACCCCAAGAAAACCGAAACGAGUCCGAAAGCUAUUCCACAACUUUCGACCUUCCAGUUCCGUCAGAGGAAUGCGAAAUUUCUUCGGGUACGGACGAAGCCCAGCUUCUAAUCGAGGAUAUCUCGCUUCCAGCUCUUAUGACCGAUUCCCUUCUGGACGAAUCGCAUUCGGAGUCGAACUUACAAUCGGCGCAACAAAUAUCGGAGGAUGAUAUUGCUGACGGGGCAUCCCUGGAGGAGGCAAGCAGCAGCACCCCGACGUCAUCGAUGACGACUCCAACAACCGCCGAGGAAACGGAAACGGAGUACAAUGAAAUCGCAAUUGGAAAAACAGUGAAUAGAACGGCCGUUGCUUCUGAAUUGGAGAAGCGGCUUAUCAGUUUGAAUGAAAACUUGGGGGAACUGAAUGAAAGCUUUGAACGCAUCCCUUUGAUGCUUUCGCCAGAGGUACCUAAGAGUCAGGAACGAAAUUCGCCUGAAAGUGAGUCAGUCAGUUCUUCGAGUACUGAUAAACUGCCCACUGAAGAAAGUUCUGAUGAGAAAACUAUUUCGGAUCGUGUCCUUAAGGAGAAGUCUCCGUCGGAUAGCCCAAAAUUAGAUGACAACGACACUAAAAUGCAAACGCUUGCGUUGAACAUUGCGGGUCCAUCAACCCCAACAAUAACGAAUUAUGCGUACAUAAGCAAUUCAGGGCAUGGUUCUAAUAUACCUUCUACAACCGCCGCCGUUGCCAGCCGAAUGCCAGAUAUCAUAAAUGAAGCUGAGGUGCUCCGUCGUCAGCAACUCCAAAUCGAACAGGAAAUUAAACAACUUGAACAGCAAGUUGUUCUAUUCCGGGAAAUCCCUAACAAGCCACCGCCACCAUACAUUCCACCGGCGAACGGCAGUCCGUUGGCUUUAAUUUUCCCCCCAGAGUCCCGCAUUGACGAUCUCAUCGAAACCCGCACGAAAGAGCUCUUUCUCGGAGAUGUUCCCUCUGAAAAGCUCAACUCCGAUCACGUGACCAACAUCUACGAGAAGCUCAUACUGGAUAUGUGCAAAGAAAUGUACGCUGACUUACGUCCUCCACCGCCGGAUGUUUCCUUUCGCACCGCCAAGCAUGACAAGCGACCGCUCGCCUUCUACAAUCCACCGGAUCGACUGGGCAGUCUCCAGGAUCACAUGAAGCGUAAAAUCAAAAAGAUCCUCAACGAGGAAAGUUUGCUGCAGCAGCAACAGCAUCAGAAUCUGCACCACUGCCCGAUGCCAUUUCUGGCGUUCGCAGGCGGCACCGCCAAGCGGAAGCGGGACCACGUGGAUGAGAUCCUGGCCCAGGAAAUGUUCGACGAGGAAGCCCGCUGGACCAACUUCGAUCGGGAGGAGAUCGAGGUGAAGGAACGCAUUGUGGAUGAGAUAACGAAAACGCUAUUGUGGGAAGCUCUGGGUGACAUCGAAAGUGCCUGGAAGGAGAAGAACGAAAAGGUGGUGGAAAAAUAGUGAUAAUAUUUGUUUCCACGUUCAAGUGCAUUUAAAUUUUAUACAUCGACUUUAAUCUAUUUAGCUGUAAAAAAUGUAUUGUUAGAACGAAUCGCAUGUUACAAAACCCCGAGUAUUAUUAUCACACUUACCUGGGUAACUUUCGUCUUUGAUUUUGCUCAAUUUUAAUGAUGUUUUCUUUUUAUUGCAACACGGAAAGAAUGUUGCGACGGUUAGUGACUUAAAAUUUUACAAUGUAAGCAAUAUGAACGACCGCAUUUUACAUUAUGGACAAAUAAAUCGCCUUAAAAUAG